CAGCAGGCUAAGCCCGCCCCUGGUAAAUGCAAGGGCGCUCCAUGUGACGCUGGGGCUGUAACAAAAAUCCAGUAUGGCGGAAUCUGUCAGGAGAUGAAUUUUCUUGUCCCCCCCCUGCGCUGAGAAAAACCCCAGAGUCUAACAUGGGAGAGAAAUAAAAGCUUUGCGGGACACAUGUUGGGACGACUGGCUUCCUCCUGGCCCGUGUAGGUUGGUACCGGUGCUGGACAGCGAGCCGCCACUCUGAUUGGAGUAGCCAAAUCAAAAGCCUCAUGGGGAUUGGCUGCUGCUGCUGGAAGUUUGCUUCAUGUUUCCAGCCUUGAGGGAUUCUUGACAGACCUUCCCAAGCUUUGGCUCAGCCUGAACACACACACACACACACACACACACACACACACACAUUCAAACACGCACACUCCUGGACAUCCACAGUUUGGGCAUGAUAGCAGCUUCCUGAUUGCCACCCUGUAAAUCACAUCUGCAAACACACACCUGCCGUACUGCGUGGAGACCCACCUAAACCGACCUGUCAGCGAUGACAUCACACAGCCACCACGAGGGGAUCCUGGGAAAGGAGCAGCCGCUGGAGGUUCUGAAGACAUCCGCGCUCAACCACAUCCCAACAGUGGACAUCAACUCGGCGCUUCCCCUGCGUCUCCCUCCAGCCGCCAUCCCCAUGGACCUGCGCGUGGACCACCACCACCACCACCAGCACCAGCAGCAGGUGUCGUCGCUGUCGCCGCCCGGUCAGCAGUCGUCCGGCCCGGGGUCGCUGGGAGGAACGGGCCAGGCCGGCGGCGUGGGGUCCUCGGUGCGCGAGCAGCAGCUGCAGCAGGAGCUGCUGACCCUGAAGCAGAAGCAGCAGAUCCAGCGGCAGAUCCUCAUCGCCGAGUUCCAGCGGCAGCAUGAGCAGCUGUCGCGCCAGCACGAGGCCCAGCUCCAGGAGCACAUUAAGCAGCAGCAAGAGCUUCUGGCGUUGAAGCACCAGCAGGAGCUGCUGGAGCACCAGAGGAAGAUGGAGAACCACCGUCUGGAGCAGGAGCUGGAGAAACAGCAGCGGGAGCAGAAACUGCUGCUGCUGAAGAACAAGGAGAGGGGACAAGAGAGUGCAGUGGCAAGUACUGAGGUGAAGAUGCGGCUCCAGGAGUUUGUCCUGAACAAGAAGAAGGCCCUGGCCCAGCGGAGCCUCAACCAAGGAGGCCUCCACAAUGAUGCUCCCUACUGGUACCGAAAAACUCAACACAGCUCUCUGGACCAGAGUUCGCCUCCACAGACUGGUGUGUCCACCUAUAACCACCCUGUGCUGGGCGUCUACAACCCCCGGGAUGACUUCCCACUGCGAAAGACUGCCUCGGAGCCCAACCUGAAGCUGCGCUCCAGGCUGAAGCAGAAGGUGAGCGAGCGGAGGAGCAGUCCGCUGCUGCGGCGCCGUGACAGCCCCAUCACCACCGCCAAGAAGCGCUCACUCGACAUGGCAGACUCAGCGUGCAGCAGCGCCCCCGGCUCAGGCCCAAGCUCUCCGAAUAACAGCUCCAACAACAUCCCCAAUGAGAACGGCAUCAGUCUGUCAGUCUCCAACAACACUGAGGCGUCUCUGGCCCAGAGGCUGUGCAGCGGUGCUGAUCGGGGCUCCGUUAACCAGCUGUCCCUCUACACUUCACCAUCCUUACCCAACAUCACCCUGGGGCUGCCCGCCACCGCCACUGCCGCCUCCAAUAUGACCUCGGCCCAACAGGACGGCGGUCUGCAGCCGGCCCUCUCCCUCAGCCCUCCCUUCCUCUCCGCCAGCCACUUGUCGUCCUACCUGUCCGAGGCGGGAGCGCACAGUCCGCUGCUUCAACACAUGGUGCUCAUGGAGCAGAGCCCGGCACAGAGCCCCCUGGUGACAGGUGUAAGCGGCCUGUCUAUGUUGCCAGCAGCAUCCAUGGCCAAGCUGCAGCGCCAGCACCGGCCACUGGGGCGGACCCAGUCGGCCCCUCUGCCUCAGGGGAGCGCAGCGCAGGCUCACGCCCAAGCCCUGGCCCUGCAGCAGCUGGUCGUCCAGCAGCAGCACCAGCAGUUCCUGGAGAAGCACAAGCAGCAGUUUCAGCAGCAGCAGCUCCACCUCAACAAGAUGAUGACCAAGCCCAGCGAGUCACCCGUGGGCCGACAGCACCAGAGCCACCCGGAGGAGACGGAGGAGGAGCUGAGGGAGCACCAGGACGGAGGAGCUCUGCCGCCGGGCGUCACCAUCAAGCAGGAGCCGCCCGACCCGCAGGAGCUGCAGGAGGAGGCGCUGCAGCAGCACCGGGAAAGGCAGGCGGACCAGGAGCUGCUCUUCAGACAGGUAGAGGACGGAGAGCAGGCCCUGUUGUUGGAGCAGCAGCGGAUUCAUCAGCUGAGAAACUAUCAGGCCUCCAUGGAGGCUGCCGGCCUGUCCAUCUCCUUCCCAGGACACCGGCCCCUGUCCAGGGCUCAGUCGUCUCCGGCCUCAGCCUCCUCCUUCCCAAUCAGCGUCCCGGCCACCGAUCCUCCCGUCAAACCUCGCUUCACCACAGGCCUGGUGUACGACUCCCUAAUGCAGAAGCACCAGUGUAUGUGUGGAAACACCAACAGUCACCCGGAGCACGCGGGCCGCAUUCAGAGCAUUUGGUCCCGGCUGCAGGAGACCGGACUCAGAGCGCAGUGUGAGUGCAUCCGUGGGAGGAAGGCCACUCUGGAAGAGCUGCAGACGGUUCACUCUGAAGCCCACGUCCUGCUGUACGGGACCAACCCUCUCCGACAGAAACUUGAUUGUUCAAUCACUCCCAUGUUUGUACGGCUACCGUGUGGAGGUGUGGGGGUGGACAGUGACACCAUUUGGAACGAGGUCCACUCCUCCAGCGCGGCUCGUCUCGCCGUGGGCUCCGUGGUGGAGCUGGUUUUCAAAGUAGCUACUGGAGAGCUGAAGAACGGUUUCGCUGUGGUCCGCCCUCCUGGACACCACGCAGAGGAGAGCACUCCCAUGGGUUUCUGCUACUUCAACUCUGUGGCCAUCGCAGCCAAACUGCUGCAGCAGAGACUCAACGUCACCAAGAUCCUCAUCGUGGACUGGGACGUUCACCAUGGCAACGGCACCCAGCAAGCGUUCUACGAUGACCCCAAUGUCCUUUACCUGUCCAUCCAUCGCUACGACGACGGCAACUUCUUCCCUGGAAGUGGAGCACCUGACGAGGUGGGCAGUGGCCCCGGCGUCGGGUUCAACGUCAACGUUGCCUUCACUGGAGGCCUGGAUCCACCCAUGGGAGAUGUGGAGUACCUCGCUGCGUUCAGGUCAGUGGUGAUGCCCAUAGCCAAUGAGUUUGCCCCGGACAUCGUCCUGGUCUCCUCGGGCUUCGACGCUGUGGAGGGACACCCUCCACCACUGGGCGGCUACAUUUUGACAUCCAAGUGUUUCGGCUAUCUGACCCGGCAGCUGAUGACCCUCGCUGGAGGCCGGGUGGUCCUGGCUCUGGAGGGGGGUCACGACCUCACCGCCAUCUGCGACGCCUCCGAGGCCUGCGUGGCCGCCCUGCUAAGCCAGGAGCUCGACCCGCUGCCAAAAGCCAUCCUGGAGCAGAGGCCCAACCCCAACGCUGUUCACUCUCUGGAGAAAGUUUUAGAGACUCACAGUAAGUACUGGCGCUCGGUGCAUUGCUACUCACCGCUGCUGGGACUUUCCCUGCUGGAGGCCAAACGAGGAGACUCAGAGGAGGCGGAAACCGUCAGUGCCAUGGCCUCGCUGUCUGUGGCCAACGCCAUGGAUCAAAGGCCGGAGGAGGAGCCCAUGGAGGAGGAGGAACCACUGUAACGGAGGGAAACAUGAGGGUGUCACACUGCUACCAUUGACCUCUCCGGAGAAGAGUCGACUGAUCCCUUCAUUGAGCCCCCCUAACCCCACUCACCACGUCGGUCACCUUGAUUGGCGGCCCCUCGGCCAAAACGGGGGGAGAGGGGGUGGGCUCAGCCUCAGAGUAGGGAGCCAAUCAGGAGACAGAGGACUGAAUUGGGAAAAAAAAUUAAACAUAACAGCGCUGCUUGGCGGCACUCGCUCAGAGACACUCAUUUUUUUUCUGUCAGUCUUCACACCCCCACGUUAGCCCACCGCGGCUGAACCGAGUGGCCGAGGCAGCGGGGGAGAGGGCGAGAUCAGGUCUCGCCAUAGAAAGGUGUGACGGACUGCAGAAACAUACGGUGCUUUACACAAGCUGUCCUCUGACCACAAGGACACCAGGGACAGCAGACGUCCCCAGCUGUCAGACGCAGCUCGGGAGUUUCUUUUUGUCUUUUUCUCAACUAUUUUUCCCUACAAAACAAAAGGGGGCCGCGUGGCAACCGAGAUAAUAUUUUACAAGAUGCGUUCACUGUGGCCGGCCGAAGUUUGAGUAGGCCCUCACAAAGAUUUGAUGAGGAGACUGUCGCCUCGCCAGGAACCGGCCUGACGUCGUCGAGUGAGAGGAGUGCCUUGGUGAGGGUCCACUGGAUUUCAGGAUUGUUCAGGAAAAGAUUGCCUUAAGUGAAAAAAAAAAAAGAUUUUUCUCGCCGAGGAAUCGGUUGCGAGGGAAAGGAGCCGGAGAGUUUUCCGACGAAAAUAAAGCAAACAAUCUUUCAGCAUGUUUACUUGGAACGUGACGAAGACAACAUUUAAUGUCUGUCACGGCCUCUCUUGAAGAGUUACUUUACUUUUGGAUGGAUCUAUUUUUCUGUAAAAAAGGAAAAAGCGCUUUGUAAAGGUAGUUGCCAGCUUCAGUAGAAAAAAAAAACAAACCAGUGCAAACACAGGAGACCUUCAAACGAGGAAAUUAGAUUGGAACCGGUCAAAAAGAAAAAAGGUUUAGCCUUUGAUGUAGCUUCCCUUUAACUGAAGUCAUUGCUUUGUAAACACAUAAAGCAUGCGUUUGAGCAGAGAGACCGGACAUGUUUGCAGGAUUUUUGAAUGUUAUCCAAAAGAGAAAGCCAAGCAAGAAAAGCCAAAGCAUGAGUUUGCAUAUUCAGUAGUACUUUCACUCCAGUUAGCUGGCAAACAUUUCUCGUAUUGGCCCUUUCAGACGAGGCGUUUACUGCCGCUCGGCAACUACCUUGGUUGCUCGUGUGAGCUCAACAUUAGUCAUGUAUAUUUGAAUUGGAUAUAUUUUGAGAGGCAGUUUGUAUCUACAUGUAUGAUUUUUCCACAUCAAGUUGUCAAUUAUCGAAAAGUGUGUUUGGUAAGCGUGUCCACGUUUUAUUUUUUAUCGUAUAAGAUUAUUUUUCUAACUUUUUGUUUUGUUUUUCAUCCAUAGAUUUUCUGUGUUUUUAUCCGUUUUCUGGAUAGUUAUAGGGCUGCCAUUCACACACGUAGUGCUAUCGUCACUACAACAACUUUCUUUCUUGUAUUUAUCAAAAAUAAGGAGCAACACUUUCUUUCUUUCUUUCUUUCUUUCUUUCUUUCUACGGCUCUCUCGGCCUUUCUGCAUUUUCAUCAAUUGUGUAUUUAUAACAUGUACUGUUUAUAGGAGAUUUGUAUAUGGAAAAUUUAUAAAUGUACUCUAACUAAUGACAGCUAUGAUAUUGUGAGCGGAAAAACAGUGCGGCGUAUGACAUUACUCCAUGACCUUUUAAGAAAAAGAAAAAAAGCAGCGUAUUUAACUCGUCAUCGACUGCACUGUUUUCAAAUUGCCCUCAAGUGAAACGUAGUCAUUACGCGGCACUGACAUUGACUUUUGAACACCUUCCGUGUAAAAAACAAAACAAACAUUUGCUCACUUUGUUGCCUAAUUGAUACAUUUUCCUCUUGUGCAUGGGUGAUAAUGCACUUACCUUUCGACUGUGACAACAUCGCACAUCCAAAAAGAAAAAAAGGGGUUUAGAGGCCGUUCUAUGUAGCUCGCUGUGUUUUCCUCGGCGGGAGAAGAGAAGGAGGGGAAGUUUUUUGGAUGGAAAACAUCAAAAUGUCUUUCUGAGCAUGUGUUGCACUAUCAUGUCCAUAACAUCAGUGUCUCCUUCCUCCCUUCUCCUGCUUCAAAUCCCUCACCUGUCCACUGCUUCGUCACACGACGAUUCAACACGACUAUCACGUUUGUUUUAAACAUUUUAUCGAUCUUGUAAAAUUUGAGAUUAAGUUGAUAUUUUUUUUAUGUCUAACAAAAACAUUCCACUUGUUACUCGUUUAAUUUGGCUUAACUUUUAUUCUUUUUUUUUAAUUUGUUUUGUAGAAACUUUAAUACUACUUUUUAUUUUAUUUUUUUGCCGUCUGCUCGCGCCAACUUUAACUCUUUGCAUGGUUUGUGAGUCAGCAUGCCUGCUUGUCUAUGUAACAGAAAAUGUAUUUGCACAAUAGAAGAAGAACACUGGAGGACUCCCACGGCAACUCCCAGGAGCACCAGGCAGGACGGGUUUCUUCCUCUCUGGUGUGCAAACAAUUCAAAAGACUUUGUCCAAAUGACUCCGCUGAGAAACAUUUGAUAUCGUUCUUAUUGAAUAUGGUUUCCAAUAAGUGAUUUUAACAUGAUUCAGCACUUAUAUCAUGUACGGACUGUGUUAAGGAGAAACAUGCUCUGCCAAACCUUUGCUACAUCCACACCUUAAAAAGACUCUCCCAAAGAAUGUUCCUCUUUCAAAGAUCUUUGAACGGGCUCUGUGACGGUAGAGAAACGGUGGAUAUCGGUUGAGACAAGGUUUGGAGGAAAGGGGCAUCUGUGAUUGAUUGUCACACCCACCUCGGCCAGUUCUAUAUAUAUAACCACUGUGGCUCAAGAGCAAUUCUUGGUUUACAUGUAAAUGGAUAAAAACGUUAUUUUUUUGUUUGUUGUUUGUCUCUAUUGAUGAAAAAUGUUAUCUUUCUUUGGGACCUACGCUUUGGACAUUUCAUCUCUGACAUCAUCUAUAAAAUAUAUUUCUGAAAAAUACAA